ACAUGACCACGUGGUUUCGCUCUUACUUCCUGUUCUCAUUUCUGCGCCCGAAAACAUCAGCGAUAUAUCUUAAUGUGGUAACAUUACGUACGCCUACAGGCUAGUUUGCGAUCUCCCAUAGCUAGCAGUGAAACAGUUAGCUUUGUACGUGCCUUAAAAAUACCUAGAAAUUGUCUUAAACUUAGCUUACUACUCACACCGCUCUGGAGCCUUAACGGGUUGGCUUGGAACCAACGCAGCAUUUGAUCAGGACGGCAGACAGGAGCCAGCUGUUUACCCUUUUGCCAACUUUAGCACGAUCAGCAACCGGUGACGACUCCUCUAAACACAACUAAAGCGUUUUCAUUUUAUAUCCAGAUUUACAAAGCCGAUGGAUGACAACCCUUUCCAGGACCCUGCAGUGGUCCAACAUAGCAGCAGCACUGGAUAUGCCACAUUGGACCUGUACAACCCGUUUGAUAAUGGAACUCCUGGGCCUCCACCUCCAUAUGAAGCCACUCCGCCUGCUGCCCCUCAACCUGUCCCUGCCACAACACCCCCUGCAAGGACCACACCCACCGAGCCACCUCGCAACUAUGGCUCCUACAACAACCAGACCGCUGUAAACGCAACAACGGCAGAGCUCCUAAAGAAACAGGAAGAGUUAGAGAAAAAGGCCAAAGAACUAGAGAGGAGGGAACGGGAGCUCCAGGCACACAGCCUUGGACCUGGAGCCGACCGACAGAAGAACUGGCCUCCUCUUCCCGCCUUUUGCCCCGUAGGACCAUGCUUUUACAUGGACAUCAAUGUUGAGAUUAGCCAGAGAUUCCAACGCAUUGUCACCAUCAUGUAUUACUUCUGGAUGUUUUGCACAGGUAAUCUUCUGCUAAACCUGAUUUCGUCUCUUGCUGCAUUUUGUGUGAGUUCGGACUCUGGAGUUGGUUUCGGCCUUGCCAUCCUCUGGGCUCUCCUUUUCACGCCAUGUUCGUUCAUUUGCUGGUACCGACCUGUAUACAAAGCUUUUAGGAGUGACAGUUCAGUCAACUUCUUUUUCUUCUUUUUUGUUUUCUUUGCUCAUUGUGGGAUGUCUGUUAUCGAGGCCAUUGGGAUUCCUGGAUCUGGAUUCAGUGGUUGGAUUGUGAGUUUGGUCGGUAUGAGGGCAAAUAUAGGAGUUGGCGUUAUCAUGAUUAUCAAUGCCCUUCUCUUCAACGCUCAGGCUGUGAUGGGAAUUUUUCUGUUAAAGAGGAUCCACAGCUUGUACCGGCAGACUGAUGCCAGUUUUCAGAAGGCUCAGGCUGAAUUCGCCACUGGGGUCAUGUCCAAUCAGGCCGUCCGUCAAGCUGCUGCCACGGCCGCUGCCAGUGCUGCCACCAACGCUGCCCAGGGGGCGUUCACUGCACCCCGGUAGAUGGAGAAGAGGUCUGAUGUUUGGGUAGGAGGACAGCUUUAAAAAAAAAUGGCCAAUGGAACUCUAACUUUAUUUAUUUUAACACUAGUGUCAACAAUUUGAAAGGGGAAAAACUGUCUUGAGCUCA